AUGGCGCCUAAAUGCCUGAUUCAGGCUAGCUUCAGACAGUACUACACUGAGAGGCUGGAGUUUGAAGCUGAAGCGGAUGAGCUCAAUUCUAGCCUGGAGAUGAAUGUGACUGAAUUGCGACUUGUGGGCAAAUAUAUUGAAGGAACCAACAUUUUGGGACUGAUUGUGUGGGGUUUUAUAUUCCGCAUAAUCUUCAACAGGAUUGGAAGAGAGGGGAAAGUCCUUAUAGAGGUCUUUAUUGCCCUCAAUGAGGCUACAAAAUCAAUUAUGGACAUGAUGCUGAGCUACUUGCCACUUGGAGUGCUGUUCAUGAUCAUGAGCCAUGUUACUGACGUUGAUGACUUGGAAUCGCUCUUCAAAGUGGGAAAGUUCAUGGCAGUGGUUAUUAUUGGGCUCAUAAUUCACUCAACAAUAGUUUUGCCUGGGACCUAUUUCCUGUGUACAAAACGUAAUCCCUUUGCCGUAAUCAAAGGGAUUUUUCCCGCCUUACAGAAGGCACUGGUCAACUCGUCAAGCGCUGGAACACUACCACUCACUAUUCAAUGUUGUGAGAGCCAACUCAUGAUCGACAAAAGAGUCACUGACUACAUGCUGCCCAUUGGGACCGACAUCAACGUGGACGGAACUGCCCUCUACGAAGUGGCCGCAGCCAUCUUCAUUGCUCAACUCAACGACAUCCACCUGAAAUUCGACCAGUUAAUCGCUAUUGCGGGGACAUCAGCAGUAUCCAGCAUAGGAUCCUCAGGGAUGCCGGCUACAGGAGCAGUGACUACUCUGUUUGUUCUGAUGGCUGUUGGUUUACCUGCAAAGGAAGCUUCCCUUCUGGUGGUUGUAGAAUGGCUCCUAGACCGCUGCAACACUGUUGUCAACGUCCUGGGAGACUGCAUUGGGGUGGCAAUCGUUCACCAGGUGUCAAAAGAAGACCUGGGAGAAACAGAGCAAGGACCCGCAAUGGAAAGCAUGCAGGGCAGUGAUGAUGAGGACCUCGAAUUCGAUGGGAUCCAGGUUCACUUCAGCAGCGAGGGCUGCGAUGGUCACACCCUCAACAACCCGCCAGAACACCCAGAGGAGAACGCCCAGGACGAGGAAGACAUGUUCAACGCUCUGGAAUAUCAGGAGAGCGAAGAGGACAACGACACUUCAGAAAGUGCACACAAUUCUCAUUAAGGUGUUGGUAGUUCUGAUUAUUUAGUACUCGUUUAUUUCAUUUUGUCUGUUGAAUUAAACUGAUCGAAGCUGAACUGUAUGCACUUUUUGAAACUGUAUUAAGCAAGAGAUGUACUGUAGUUAUGGCACUGAAUAUGUAGAACUGAAUUAAUGUAACAGAUGCAUGUAUUGAAUUGUAGUGGUAUAUUUUAAUUGAACUGGAUUUCAGUAUUUUUUGGUGAACAAAAAUGAAAGAAGCUGCAGUCAUGUAUUGUAAUACCUAAAAAACAUAAUCACCAUAUUCAUUGACGUAAAAAAAAAUAUUUUUUUUGAUAGCAUUCACAAACAUUAAU